AUGAAAAUCUACUACAUCGGAAUCUUGAAGAUCGGCGAGCCUGUCGUGGAGUUGUGUAGCGCCAGAGACUUGGCCCAGUUCUCUUUCUUUGAGCGGUCAUCCGUAUCGCAGUUCAUGACGUUCUUCUCGGAAACCGUGUCCCAAAGAACCGCCGCCGGCCAGAGACAAAGUAUCGAAGAGGGCAGCUACGUGGGCCACACCUACACGCGCUCCGAGGGCUUGUCUUGUGUGAUCAUUACCGACAAGGAGUACCCCGUACGUCCUGCUUACACGUUGAUCAAUAAGGUGUUGGAGGAGUACCUUUCGUUGCAUCCAUCAAGCGAAUGGAACCACAUCAGCGCCACCACGCCGGCGUUGAACUUUGACAAGUUGGAAACAUACUUGAAGAAGUAUCAGGAUCCUAGCCAGGCUGACUCCAUCAUGCGUGUGCAGCAGGAGUUGGACGAGACCAAGAUUGUGUUGCAUAAAACCAUCGAGUCGGUGUUGCAGAGAGGUGAGAAGUUGGACUCGUUGGUGGACAAGUCAGAGGCGUUGUCUUCGUCAUCCAGAAUGUUCUACAAGCAGGCCAAGAAGACCAACUCCUGCUGUGUUAUUGUGUAG